UUGUUGUGGGACUGAGGCGGCGCCGGCAGCCGAGCGGCCGUGACAGGCUGCGCAACAGGUUCGCAGCCGGCGGCCUGACGACCUCCCGGUGGCGGCGGCGGCGGCGGCCGCGGCGGCGCAGAGCAGGGUCUCCCGGCGCCCGCUGGGCCCGCGCUGAGGAAGCGCCGAGUCGCGCCGUGACGUGCGGGAGGCGCAGCGGGGCCGCCAGAUGGCUAAGAACUAGCAAGGAAAAUUCAGGACCAUGAUGGCUCAGUUUCCCACAGCAAUGAAUGGAGGGCCAAACAUGUGGGCUAUUACCUCUGAAGAACGCACUAAGCAUGACAAACAGUUUGAUAAUCUCAAGCCUUCAGGAGGUUAUAUAACAGGUGAUCAAGCACGUACUUUUUUCUUACAGUCAGGACUACCUGCUCCUGUUUUAGCUGAAAUAUGGGCCUUAUCAGAUCUGAACAAAGAUGGGAAGAUGGAUCAGCAGGAGUUCUCCAUAGCUAUGAAACUCAUCAAACUGAAGCUUCAAGGUCAACAGUUGCCCGUGGUUCUCCCUCCCAUUAUGAAGCAACCCCCUAUGUUCUCUCCAUUAAUCUCUGCUCGGUUUGGGAUGGGAAGCAUGCCCAAUCUGUCCAUUCCUCAGUCACUGCCUCCGGUUGCACCUAUGACAACACCCUUGUCCUCUGCGACUUCAGGGACCAGUCUUCCUCCCUUGAUGAUGCCUACUCCCCUAGUGCCUUCUGUUAGUACAUCAUCAUUACCAAACGGAACCACCAGUCUCAUUCAGCCUUUGUCCAUUCCUUACUCUUCUUCAACAUUGCCUCAUACAUCAUCCUACAGCCUGAUGAUGGGAGGAUUUGCUGGUGCUAGUAUACAGAAGGCCCAGUCUCUGAUUGACUUAGGAUCUAGUAGUUCAACUUCCUCAACUGCUUCACUCUCAGGGAACUCUCCCAAGACUGGGACUUCAGAGUGGGCAGUUCCUCAGCCCUCCAGAUUAAAAUAUCGGCAAAAAUUUAAUAGUCUUGACAAGAGCAUGAGUGGAUACCUCUCAGGUUUUCAAGCUAGAAAUGCCCUUCUUCAGUCAAAUCUUUCUCAAACUCAGCUAGCUACAAUUUGGACUCUGGCUGACAUUGAUGGUGACGGACAGCUCAGAGCUGAGGAGUUUAUCCUUGCCAUGCACCUCACUGACAUGGCCAAGGCGGGACAACCAUUGCCACUGACUUUACCUCCCGAGCUUGUCCCUCCAUCCUUUAGAGGAGGAAAGCAAAUUGAUUCCAUUAAUGGAACUCUGCCUUCAUAUCAGAAAAUACAAGAAGAGGAACCUCAGAAGAAAUUACCAGUUACUUUUGAGGACAAGCGGAAAGCCAACUAUGAGCGAGGGAACAUGGAAUUGGAGAAGCGACGCCAGGCCUUGAUGGAGCAGCAACAGAGGGAGGCAGAACGUAAAGCCCAGAAAGAAAAGGAAGAAUGGGAGCGAAAACAGAGAGAACUACAAGAACAAGAAUGGAAGAAACAACUUGAACUAGAAAAACGCCUGGAGAAGCAGAGGGAGCUAGAGAGACAACGGGAGGAAGAAAGGAGAAAAGAGAUAGAAAGACGAGAGGCAGCAAAACAGGAGCUUGAAAGACAACGUCGUCUAGAGUGGGAGAGAAUUCGUCGGCAAGAGCUUCUCAAUCAAAAGAGUAGAGAACAAGAAGAAAUUGUCAGGUUAAACUCUAAAAAGAAGAGUCUUCAUCUUGAGUUGGAAGCACUGAAUGGAAAACAUCAGCAGAUUUCAGGCAGACUUCAAGAUGUCCAACUCAGAAAGCAGACACAAAAAACUGAGCUGGACGUUCUGGAUAAGCAGUGUGACCUGGAAAUUAUGGAAAUCAAGCAACUUCAACAAGAACUUCAGGAAUAUCAAAAUAAGCUUAUCUAUCUGGUACCUGAGAAGCAACUAUUAAAUGAAAGAAUUAAAAACAUGCAGCUCAGUGACACACCUGAUUCAGGGAUCAGUUUACUUCAUAAAAAAUCAUUAGAAAAGGAAGAAUUAUGCCAAAGACUUAAAGAACAAUUAGAUGCUCUUGAAAAAGAAACAGCAUCUAAGCUUUCAGAAAUGGAUUCAUUUAACAAUCAACUGAAGUGUGGGAAUAUGGAUGACUCUGUUCUUCAGUGCCUUUUGUCUCUGCUAAGCUGUCUCAACCACCUCUUCCUCUUACUUAAGGAACUGAGAGAAAGCUAUCAUACACAGCAGUUAGCCCUUGAACAACUUCAUAAGAUCAAACGUGACAAGUUGAAGGAAGUUGAAAGAAAAAGAUUAGAGCUAAUACAGAAAAAGAAACUAGAAGAUGAGGCUGCAAGGAAAGCUAAACAAGGAAAAGAAAACUUAUGGAGAGAAAGUCUUCGAAAAGAGGAAGAAGAAAAACAAAAGCGACUUCAGGAAGAAAAAACACAAGAAAAAAUUCAAGAAGAGGAACGAAAAGCCCAGGAGAAACAAAGUGAGACAGCUAGUGCUUUGAUGAAUUAUAGAGCAUUAUACCCCUUUGAAGCAAGGAGCCAUGAUGAGAUGAGUUUUAAUUCUGGGGAUGUAAUUCAGGUUGAUGAAAAAACUGUAGGAGAACCUGGCUGGCUUUAUGGUAGUUUUCAAGGAAAUUUUGGCUGGUUUCCAUGCAACUAUGUAGAAAAAAUGCCAUCAAAUGAAAAAGUUAUGUCUCCUAAGAAGGCCUUACUUCCUCCUACAGUAUCUUUGUCUUCUACCUCAACUUCUUCUGAACCACUUUCUUCAAAUCAACCAGCAUCAGUGACUGAUUAUCAGAAUGUAUCUUUCUCAAACCUAACUGUUAAUACAUCAUGGCAGAAGAAAUCAGCUUUUACUCGCACUGUGUCCCCUGGGUCCAUAUCACCUAUUCAUGGACAGGUAGGUUGUCUGUUGUAGAACCUGAAAGCACAGGCCCUUUGUUCCUGGACUGCAAAGAAAGAUAACCACUUGAACUUCUCAAAACAUGACAUUAUUACUGUCUUGGAGCAACAAGAAAAUUGGUGGUUUGGGGAGGUGCAUGGAGGAAGAGGAUGGUUUCCAAAAUCUUACGUCAAGAUCAUUCCUGGGAGUGAAGUAAAGCGGGAAGAACCAGAAGCUUUGUAUGCAGCUGUAAAUAAGAAACCUACCUCUGCAGCCUAUCCAGUUGGAGAAGAAUAUAUUGCACUUUAUUCAUAUUCGAGUGUAGAGCCAGGAGAUUUGACUUUUACUGAAGGUGAAGAAAUAUUGGUGACCCAGAAAGAUGGAGAGUGGUGGACAGGAAGUAUUGGCGAUAGAACUGGAAUUUUUCCAUCAAAUUAUGUAAAACCAAAAGAUCAAGAGAAUUUUGGGAAUGCUACCAAAUCUGGAACAUCGAGCAAAAAACCUGAGAUUGCUCAAGUAACUUCAGCAUAUGUUGCUUCGGGUGCUGAACAACUUAGCCUUGCACCAGGACAGUUAAUACUGAUACUAAAGAAAAAUACAAGUGGAUGGUGGCAAGGGGAAUUACAGGCCAGAGGAAAAAAACGACAGAAGGGAUGGUUUCCUGCCAGCCAUGUUAAACUUCUGGGUCCAAGUGGUGAAAGAACCACACCUGCCUUUCAUGCAGUGUGUCAGGUGAUUGCUAUGUAUGACUAUGUAGCCAAUAAUGAAGAUGAGCUCAAUUUCUCCAAGGGACAACUUAUUAAUGUUAUGAACAAAGAUGAUCCUGACUGGUGGCAAGGAGAAGUCAAUGGAAUGACUGGUCUCUUUCCUUCAAACUAUGUUAAAAUGACGACAGACUCAGAUCCAAGUCAACAGUGACCCACUGUUGUCUUCCAGUUGUGAAAGCACCCCAGAGACCCACUAUCCAAGUUUGACUCUAGCGUGGAGGCAGGGCAGGUAGCCCUGAUCAAAUAUCUCCUACACAAUUCACUUACUUCGUUCAAAUGUUAGAGCCAAGAGGCACUUGUGAUUAUUUCUCUGUGUUUCUAAUUUACAGUUAAAAUUUAUUUGUAACAAGUUCAAGGAUAGUGGGUCUUUGUGUGGCUUUCCCUGCUGUUCGCUCUGGCAUCCUUUAGCAUUUUUCUUCUUUUUUAAUUUGGUAAUUUUAGGUCAUUAGCAUGCACAUUCAGUUUGCCCUUGUAUGGUGGGAGUUCAAACACACAAAGACCCACUAUUUGCACAUACUGUUCUCUCUGGUUUGGAAUGGGCUGCCGUGCUUUUCUAAUGUUACUGCAAGAUGUAUAUUCAUUACAGAAUUCAGAUGGCAUUUGCUUAUAUUCUGCUGUUAUGUUUGAUCUAAUCUAACCACAGUGAGCUCUAAUUGGCUCAGCCUGUGAUUUGAUUCACCCUCAAAUGAGCACUGUUUAUGCUGUUACCUUCUAAUAUGCCACUCUGAGUACCAAUAUUUAGAUUUGUUUAAAGGCCAAGAACUGGAAAUACCCUUUUCUGUAUUUUCUGUGUGAGCUAAGUGGGAGCAAUAACAUUUAGGGAGCUUUUCUUAUCUCACAGAAGAGGAAAGUGGCCUUUCCUGGCGUGUGUGUGCAGACUGUGAUGCAUUUAGUCUGUUUCAGCUGCACAAGCAUGAGCACAGAACCUUGGUAGUUCCUCUAGGUCUUCAUGUGCUCUGCUGCAGAUCCUGCCUCAUUGUGCUCUAGCUCAUAGCUAUUACUUCUUUAUGAUGACCUAAAAUGGACUCUUUUUUUCAGGAAUGAAAGACUCCCAUUGUUGACUGUAUGAUAUGCUAUGAAACCUUCCCUAGCUUAGAGCAUUUAUAUCUAUAUUUUAAAGUCAGAAUUCAUGUUAACUAUGAUAGUCACAUGAGUACAUGUCUCAGUACACAGAAGGACACUGUUGGCAUUUUUAAUGUAUUUAGUGAAAAUCAUAAGGAAUCCUUGAAGAGUUUAGAUGUCCUGAAGCAGGUGUACAGGCUGUAGCCAAGAAGGAUUCACAGGGAGCUGGAUUCCUGUGCAGAGAAAGCUUCUUUGAGGCUAGAAGACUGAUUGUACCAUUCACACUUCUCUGGCCAAUGUAUAUUCUUCACCCACAUUGGCUACUUUGGCAUAGAAUUUCACUUCUUUAAAGUGGAAAACACUUUAAAAAUAACAGACAUUAUUAUAAACUUAAUAUAUGUGAGAGUACUUAGCUGAAACAAAAAGGAGUUUUAGUAGAUAAUAUUAAACUGUAUUUGAAAAUCCAUGGCAAGUUUAUGCAACUUAAAAUGUUUACAAACUGCAGUGCACUCUACUGUUUGUGAAUGUCUAAAUGUUAUCAGGAUAAGUGUACAUACAGUCUCGGUCUUACUUCCUCACAAAGUUCUUCAAGAAAAAGUGAAAUAUGAUUUAUACCUCUCAGUUUAAGUCGAGGGAUACUUUGUGCAAUAUUUUUGUUAAUGUGUCUGUAUAUCAUGAAUAAAUGAUUUCAGUCAUACCUUGCCUAGAUCAUAACUUUACAGCACUUGAGAAAGAGCCAACAGUUUAGUUACAACUCUACAAAGUUCAAAGGUCUGUAUUCAAAAAUAUACUUCUCAUUAUUGGGGUGUAAGGAGGUAUAUAUGUGUGCUUCCUAGGGUGGGGAUUUCUAGUUACUAGACCACCUCAACUUUUAGCAUUUGGCAUCAUCAUGUUUUAUAAAUAUGACGUUAAUAGGAAAGCAAUAAUAUCAUCUUACAGGUAGAAUAACAGAUUUACCUGCAGUCACAAAAAGCAACAGUGCAAAAACUUCCAAAACUGACUUUCCCAUUGCUUUUCAUCUUCUGAGCUUUCUCCUUUUCACCUGUUAGUUGACUUCAGGGCAAGGACAGUUACUUUAAAUACUGAAGUUAGAAAUUAGAUCACUGCUUAUUAACCACAUCACUUCCUAAGGCACUCUUCCUUUGUAAUUUUGCUUUGGGGCUCAUCUAAUACACUGAUGAAUUAUUUCAAAGGUAUUUUUAUAGCUCAAAAUCACUUCACUUUUACAUUGAUGAAAAUAGAUAAUUAGGAAUGACAUUCACUUGAGCCUAAACUCAAAUAUAAUCAACCUGAAAAUACUGUAUUCAUCAGGUAGCCAUACAUGAACUCACAUACUGACCCCAUAUUAAGCUGAAUGUCAAUCUGGAAAAUAAACAGUGUGUUAACCAGAAUGCCACUCUGUAUAAGUAUGUUGUCAUAUAUUGACAGAAAGGUAAAAGGAAAGGAAAUCCUAUGACAAUCAUUUUAAUCAUUCUUAAAAGUGCAUGCAAUCCUUUAUCAUAACUCAUUCAGCCAUGGAUUCGUCCUCUUCCUGAUUCAGUGUAAGGCAGCUUUCAGUGUGCUUAGAAGAAAAGAGUCUGUUAGAAACAUGGAAUUUUUAAAUGGAAGUACAACCAGAUUAAUUUGAACCCUACAGGAAAUAAAGAAUAAAAAUACCUGUUUACUUAAAAAUUGCAAUAUGUGAUAAACAUUUUUAAAGCAUGUAAUUAAACUUGAGUUUUCCAGAAAUUAAAAAAAUCAGUUCUAAAACCAAAGCUGAUUUUUAGAAAAUUUGAAAAUUAAAAUCAACUCUACCCACUGUAUAGUUUCUCUAAAACUUUGAGUCAUUUUGAAAUAAUACAACUAUUUGAAAAAUAAAAUAUUUUAUUGUUUUAAAAUAAAAUAUGAAUACCAGUAGUUGGAAAGAAACUGAAGAAAAAGUAGAGAGAGAAAUGCCAAUUCCAGUCCAAAGCUUUACUUGCCAAGUUUUCUUAGAAUGAAUUUUACCAAGUUAUGGAAUUCUUGUAAAUAGAAUCUACAAUGGAAAUACCGAGAGACCUUUGCCUAAAGUGGCACUGUCGGAUGCUGCUGUGAUGCUACUGUAAUGUAAUAAAUUAUUAAAUUGUUGCAAAGUGCUGUUUUUGCCUUAAAUUUUUAUUUUGUGUGUCUUGAAAACUAUAGUAUUAAAGGUAUUGAAUUUGUGCAAAUGCUGGGCACGCUUGGCAUGAAAUAAUCUGUUUUUAUUUUUACAAAAUUGUAAUAUAACUAUGCAAGUGUGUUUAUUAAAAGAAC